UUGCCAGGGGAGAUCAAGCGUAUUAUUUGACCCAUGUCAAGUAUUGUCAAGUUGUAUGACCUUACAAACUUUGACCUUUUCAAAGGCUGCUGCUUGGCUUCUUGCUGCUUCCAAGGGUGCCUGAAGCUCUUCCACUUGUUUUUGUAUUGUUGGUGAUGAGCAAACAGUUUUGAAAGCUCAAACAAAUGGCAGGUUCAGCUGGCGUUGGCAUACUAGCUUCCGAUGAAUUAUGUUACGGUUCGGCUGCGGAAAGCGAAAGUGUAGCACGGCUUUGGCUUGACAAACACAACAAGUGUUUUGGACAGUUCGUCAAUGGCACAUGGAACAAAACCGAGGGAAGAGCUACUGUUGAUGUGAAAAAACCAACUACAGGUGAAAAAUUGGCAACAGUUCUGAAGGCUAAUGACGAGGAUAUUGCAUUUGCUGCUGACAAUUCAAAACAAGCAUUCAAGUCUUGGUCUGAAUUAUCAGGACAUGCUCGAGCUCAGCAUCUUUACAGUAUUGCACGCAACCUUCAGAAACAUCAGUCUUUGUUAGCUGUUGUGGAAGCUGUGUCGUCUGGCCAACCCACUCGUGAGACAAGGGGCCUGUCGGCUCCAGCAGCCAUCCGCUAUUUCUACCACAAUGCUGGUUGGGCAGGCCUCAUGGAGGAACAGAUGAGGGGCUGGAAACCUUAUGGAGUGAUAGCCAUUGUUGUGCCUGCAUGGCUGCCUUUGGUCCAGAUGGCAGGGAAAGUAGCCUCUGCCCUUGCCAUGGGAAACACCGUGCUUGUGAUCCCACCUGCAUCUGACCCUCUGAGCUGUCUCCUCCUGGCUGACAUCUGCUCUCAGGCUGGCCUCCCUGCAGGCGUGCUCAAUGUGGUCACUGGCGCUGAUGUCAUGAGAGUGGCUGCGAAAGAUGGCCUGGACAAGAUUGUAUUUGCAGGCUCAGCUUCUGAAGGCAAGGCUCUGAGGCAGAUGACCGCUGGCAGUGGCAAGGAUCUGUCCUUAGAAAUGUUUGGACGAUCAAGCGUCUUGGUUUUUGAAGGGGCCGAUCUGGAUAGUGCGGUAGAAGGCAUUGUUGAGGCUGCUUUUUUCAACUCCGGACAGACCUUUUACACUGGCUCAAGACUCCUGAUCCAAGAGACUGUUUACAAGGCUUUUGUACAGAAAUUGAAGGCACGGAUAUACAAGUUGACGGUUGGAGACAACCUGGACAAGAAUGUUGACCAGGGACCAUUACUGGACGAUCAAACCUUUUCCUGUGUUGCCAGCUUGGUUGAACGAGCAAAGGCUGAGGGGGCAGAGGUGGUUCAGGCUUGUGACCUUUCAACUGUAAGGCAGAAUUCAUUCCCUCCGACACUCAUUACAAAUGUACAAACUUCAUCAGAAAUUUAUUUGAAAGAAGUUCUUGGUCCCAUUGUUGUGGCAGUUCCCUUCCGGACGGUCAAGGAAAGUGUCACAAUUGCCAACCACACUCCUUUUGGCUUGGCAGCCAGUGUGUGGACAGAGGACUUGACUGUUGCCCUUGAGGUGGCUGCCCUGCUCCAGGUGUCCACAGUGUGGGUCAACGGACACCACAUGUAUGAUGCGGCCUCUGGCACAGGUGCCUCUAAGGCAAGCGGCUUCGGAAGAACUGGUGGGAAAGAGGGUUUGUACGAGUAUGUGAAGCCAUCCUGGCAAAAUCGACUGAUCUUUGAUGGUGAAGUGGACAAGAAAUUUGGCUCUGCCUCUAGUCCCAACUUGUUGCCUGGAGCUCAGGUGGCCAGUGGUGGCUCCAGUGGUGACGGACCAGGGGUGGAUAAAACUUACAAGCUCUUCUAUGGUGGAGGCCAGAAAAGACCAGAUUCUGGAGCGAGCCGGCCAGUUCUGAACCGCGGUGGAACAGUGGUAGGUUAUGUCCCCGACGGAGGGCGGAAGGAUAUCCGCAAUGCUGUGGAAGCUGCUGUCAAAGCUGUAGGAAGUUGGUCAAAGAAAGAGGGUCAUGGACGGGCCCAAAUCAUGUACUACCUGGCCGAGAAUCUGGAGUCCCACAAAGAGGAGUACGCUGCUCUUCUCUCCACCAUGACAGGACAAGAGCUGUCCUCAAGCGCUCAGGAAGUGCAGCAAGCAGUCCAGCGCCUCUUCUACUGGGCUGCCUAUUGUGACAAAUAUGGUGGAGACCUUCAAGAAACCCCUUUCAGCGGAUUCACUGUGAAACGCCAUGAGUCAGUCGGAACGAUUGGGAUUGUGUGCCCUGAUGAAGCCCCUCUCCUCAGUUUUAUUUCUCUGAUGGCUCCUGCCAUUUCCAGAGGUAACCCUGUGAUUGCAGUCCCAAGUGGAAAAUACCCGAUGGCGGCUCUAGGUUUUCAGCAGAUCCUUGAGACCUCUGAUGUCCCGGCUGGAGUGGUGAAUAUCCUGACUGGUGACAGCGAUGUUCUAGCCCGGGCCCUGGCUGAACACCAUGACAUUAGUGCUGUGUGGUACUUUGGUUCAGAAGCUGGCUCACGCUACAUGGAGUUUGCCUCUGCUGGUAAUUUCAAGCGCACCUGGGUGAACUAUGGCGUGUCAAGGGACUUUUCCUCACCCGAACAAGGCCAGGGACCAGAGUUUCUGUACCAGGCUACUGCUAGUAAAUGUAUCUGGCUCCCUAUGGGCACAAUAUUUGCGAAUUAAUGAAAUGGUUUCCUUUUUCUGGGAUGGAUAACAAUAUAAUUUUUCGGUAAGGGAAACAGUUAUUUUUUUAACCCUCUCACCGAUGGAAUUUUUUUGGGAAUCUGGUAAAAGCAAAACCAGGUGUUUUUAAUUCUUACAUUCCUGAAUGGGAAAAGUUACCCCGUGCUGGAAAGUCUAUUCUAUACACAGAGAAACAUUAUUUUGUCUUAUUAUUUGUUUUAAUCUACUUAAUGCAAUUUGAAACUCCUUUAUCAUAUUUCAUUUGCUUAUUAUACCGUGAGUUUUCAACUGCAGAUAAUGGAGAAACACAUAUUUCAGUACUUUUCUUUAACACCUUUUCUUGGUCACUUUUGUUGAGCUCCUACCCAUCAGAGUACUCUGAAUUGUCUUCUCACUGUUUAAAUUCUUUUAUACAAACUGUCAUAGUUUCAGAAGGUUAUAGCCUACUGGUGAAAAGAAUUCCCAGGAUUUCUAGAGAUCCACUUAAGUGACUAGUCAUUUCAGUUUCUUCGUGUUUUGUACUUGUGUAGAAGAGGAAGAUUUAAUGUUUGCUAAGUUCUUUAUAAUAGCCUUUUGUGAGUGUGAAGAAAGUAAAAAUCUUUUUUGUACAUUGUUACACAAUUUAGAAUGAUCUGUUUUGUUUUAUUCCGAGCUUCCAUUUUGGAGUUCAUUGUGUGUUUGGAAAGGUGAAGGGAGAAUUUUUUCAACUGCUGUUAUGUCAGGCUGUGUAUACAGAUAUGGCUGUGUCACUUAUAAGGACCAAACAGAUGUUGCUCAGAAAUACAACCUUUGAGGAGUAACAAA